AUGUUUACUUUAAGGAACCAUUUUGUCAAGACAACAAAAGCUCGGUGGUAUUCAUCAUCGCAUCAAAUCCUGCGUGAUUGGGAGUCAAAAACCAAAACCUCGUGUAUACAACAGACAUACGAUGAUAUAACAUGGUCGCCCAUGAACUUGCUUGGAAAUACACUUGGAGACGAUGAGAUCAACAAUAAUACUAUACCAAGAAAUAGUGCCCUUGUGCCGCCGUGUUGGCAUCAUGUCUAUUUCCCACCUCGUACAUUGGAAAGCGAUUUGGCACUUGAUGGUUAUGAAAGCGAAUUCUUCCCACCAGAACCGUUCUCUCAACGUAUGUGGGUAGGAGCAAAGAUGGACUGGAAUCCCGCGAAUCCUCUUAGAGUGGGAGAUGAAGCUCACAUGACCACCGCUUUAGAUCAUGCUGAGCUUAGAGAGGGACGCAUGGGAGAGUCUGCUAUGGUGUGGAUAAACAAAGAUAUUUCAAAUCAAAUGGGAUGGUCCAUGCGGGAGCAAAGAUGUCUAGUGUACCAUCCAAAGCAAGCGACCACAAGUCCACCCAGAGGCAUUAAAAUUAAAAAAGACCCGGAUUUUCAACGACAAAUCACACCUAGCUCUAUAUUAUUAUUUCGAUAUUCAGCACUUACAUUCAAUUCACACAAGAUUCACUUUGACUAUGAGUAUGCAACGAAAAUAGAGAAGCAUCCAGCGUGUCUAGUCCAUGGACCUCUCAGUGGCACAUUGUUGAUCGAUUUGUUACGAAAACAAGUGCCCCAAGCUUCUAUCACUUCGUUUGAAUACAAGUGUUUGACACCUCUUUACGUGAAUCAGCCCAUGACAUUGAUGGGCAAGAAAUCAGCAAACGGAUACGAACUAUGGAUUGAAAACCAUUUGGGCAACUUAGCCGCCAAGGGAUCAGCGAGUGUCUCGACUUGA